AUGAGAGUAACUGCUGCUCUCACAACUACUCAUUCUUCAACAGCAGCAGCAACAACAACGACAUCACUUCUAACCACAACUGAAGUUCGGAAAACUACAGCAGAUCAAACGAUGACAGAAACAACACCAACAACACCUACCACCACUACUACAACAACAGCUACAGCCACCGAACCUACUACAACACCUACCUCUACAACUUCUAUUACUACAAUAACCACAACACCUACCACUACAACGACCACCACUACCCCUACAACGACCACCACUACCCUUACAACACCUACAACUACAACACCUACCACUACAACCACUACCACUACAACACCUACAACUACAACGACCACCACUACCACUACAACCACAACCACCACUACCACAACACCAACAACCACAACCACAACAACCACAACUACGACGACUGCAACAGCCCCUGUAACUGGACCAGUAACCACAACACCUACCACUACAAUAACCACACCUACAACUACAACAACUACAACAUCGACCACUACAACCACCACCACAACCACAACACUUAUAACCACAACAACCCUCACUACGACGACUGCAACAGCCCCUGAUGACAAGGCCCGUGCUCACGGUGCACGUAUCGUCAAUAACCACCUCCAGCAACACAACAUCUAUCGUUUGCCAUGGUCCAGAUCUUUCCCCAAUCGAAAAUGUCUGAACCAUGUUAGGGAGAUGUGUGCGUCAACGUGA